AGCAACCGCAAGUUUCAAAGAACAAUUCAUUUACAUAUCCCCGCCUUCUUUUGACCGCCUAUGGACUUUUGAUGGACAAAACUGUGAUCAGGUUCAGACAUUGUGGGAAAUAUAUUUAUAGAUUUUCGGAUCAAAAUGCUACCUCAUGCUCAUUCUAUAAACAAAAUCAAUCAUGUGCUCAAAGUGAUCUUUGUCCCAUUUGUCACGAACCUCUCGUUUUGGGGCUGUUAGACGCACCUGUAGCGAUUCCCUAUCCGUUUACGAAUGGCCACCAAGUUUCGUGUGCGUUUCUGAUAGGAGCAAAAGAUGGACCGUCGUCUCUACGAGAAUCGCAAGAGUCGGAGUUGCAUGUUGGUCUCUCAAACACAAAAGGUUUGGUCUAUAACUAUACACUGUCAGGAGUCCGGACGGACGAACAUGGAUGGGAACAGUGUAUCUGUAUGCAAUUGGUUCCACCUUGGAGAGACGCUUUAAGCGAUUCAUGGGAUAAGGAGCUUCAGCUGUUUUCGACACUUCCAACAUGGAUUCCAGAGCUGUUCCAUGAGGAGAGGGAGUUUGGGUCUUGUUGCUAUGGUUUUGCCUUGACAUUCAUAAAUCACAUGCGAUCACUAGAUAUCAAAGGAUCUCUCAGCAGAGAUGAGUUUACUGAUUUUGGCUCCUCUACCUACCUCUGUCAGUAUGUUGCUGUGGAUACUGGAUCAGAAAACCAGAUUGGCACUUCCAUGUGGACCUGGAAAACCUGUAACUCACACCAUACCAAUGUAGAUGGAGCCCUCGAGCUUCUCUGCAAAGUCACUUCAUGUAACAUUUAUGAAUUUGUACAGUAUGAGCCAUUUUCUGGUACAAUUAGAUCACAAAAAUGUGCAACCUGUAAUUUAUUUCAAAUGUUUAUAAAAUAAAGAUAUAAUUU